AAUUCUGGACUAGAUGCAUGCACUGUCUGGUUUUUAACAGGGGUAGCACAUUGCCAUGCAUGGUACUCUCUGCAGGCUCGUCAAAGAAUAGUGGCAACAGCAGCUCUCUGUCUCUAUAUCCUGCUCUCACUCUCUCCUCCUCCAGACAGGACUCCUCCUCUCCAUCUCUCUGUGACUCCCUCUCUUUUGCAAAUUAUCUGCCCUUCACUUCCUCCCAGCUGAAGCAGGAGAUAACAACAGCACUCUAUACACAGUGAGCACAAAAGAAGAAACAGAGAAGAAAAGGAAGAGACUGUUGUGGAUUCUGGAGAUCAGAAGAAGAGUGCUACCUGUGACUUGAGUGAGACAGCAUUUGAAGCCAGAUUCAGCAGCAGGCUACCUUGAGUUAAAGCUUUUGCCUGGCUGCCACUUCCAGCGAUGAGUCGAAGGGAGGCUCUGGUGGGGAACCCUGCGCCCAGCGCGGCGCCUGAGGUACCGGGCAACAACACAGAGGCGGUAGGUCCGGGUCCCCGCGAGACCAAAGAUGAGAUGUUCUCCAAAGUCAAAGACAAGUUCAUGAAUGAACUGCACAAAAUCCCACUACCAUCAUGGGCCAUCGUCGCCAUUGCAUUUGUUGCUGUUGUACUAGUUGUUUCCUGCUGCUUUUGCAUUUGCAAAAAGUGGAUUUUCAAGAAGAAGAACAAGAAAAAGAACAAAGACAAGGGCAAGAAUGCCAUCAACAUGAAGGAUGUCAAGGACGGUAUCAAAACCGAGGCCUUGAAGGAUGAGGAUGAUGCGGAAACAGGGCUAACGGAUACAGAGAAAGAGGCGGAGCCUAAGGAGGAAGAGAAACUUGGCAAAUUACAGUACUCCAUGGAUUAUAAUUUCACAGAGAAUACGCUCAUAGUGGGGAUCAUCCAAGCAGCAGAGCUGCCCGCCAUGGAUAUGGGUGGCACUUCUGACCCCUACGUUAAGGUCUACCUUCUUCCAGACAAGAAGAAGAAAUUUGAGACCAAGGUCCACCGGAAGACGCUGAACCCCGUUUUCAACGAGCAGUUCACCUUUAAGGUUCCCUACACUGAACUGGGAGGAAAAACUCUAGUGAUGACUGUGUAUGACUUUGACCGCUUCUCCAAACAUGACGCGAUUGGAGACGUGAAGGUGCCCAUGAAUAAGGUGGACUUUAGUCAUGUCACUGAGGAGUGGAGGGACCUCCUGAGUGCUGAAAAAGAAGAGCAAGAGAAGCUGGGUGACAUCUGUCUCUCCCUGCGGUAUGUGCCCACUGCUGGCAAACUGACUGUGGUCGUUUUGGAGGCCAAGAACCUGAAGAAGAUGGAUGUUGGUGGCCUGUCAGAUCCCUAUGUGAAAAUCCACCUGAUGCAAAAUGGCAAGCGGCUGAAGAAGAAGAAGACGACAAUCAAAAAGAACACCCUCAACCCUUACUACAAUGAGUCUUUCAGUUUUGAAGUGCCAUUUGAACAAAUCCAGAAAGUUCAAGUUGUUAUAACUGUUCUGGACUAUGACAAGAUUGGCAAGAACGAUGCCAUCGGCAAAGUGUUUCUGGGUUUGAACAGCACAGGCACUGAGAUCCGUCAUUGGUCAGAUAUGCUGGCCAACCCGAGGAGACCCAUCGCUCAGUGGCACGUGCUCAAGCCAGAAGAGGAAGUGGAUGCACAGCUUGCUGCUCAGAAAAAAUAGAGCACCCCUCAUUACCCCCCAAAACCCACCUGUGUAGUGCUCUUUACCCCGUGCGUGUAAAUACCUCAGUGAAAUAAGGAUCCAUGCACCCUUACUCCUAAUUUUGUGUCUAACAAAACCUUCUCAGUACUUGGGAGCACCACACCCCUUCAAGAUGUUGUGUUGUUAUGUCGGUUUCGAACCCCUCAUUUCGUCGAUAAACUUUUUCUGUUGUUUUUUGUUUUACCUCCAUCCAUGACCUUAAAAAUCCCCAACCAAAUGCCCCCUUCUUUUAAGCAAUAUGAUCUGUAUAGAUAGCGCAUGACUGGAGGAAUUUAUUGUACCACAAGUGUAUAUAUCAGUAUGCAGACAAAAUGAUUUCUAGUUUAUGUGUUUGUAUGUUGUUACCCGUUUCCUAAUCUGUGUAUAUCUCGAUGUUUUUAAUAAGAUGUUCUAUUUUAAAUUAUGUAAAUGCAGACAUAGAAGAGCCAAUAUUAUAUAUAACGGGAUUUAAGAAUUUUACCUUAUCGCAUUCCACUAAUAUAUACAAUAUAUCUAUAUAUAAAAAUAUUUAAGAGUUAACAAAUUCCAACCUGCAAGAUGCUAGUGAUGGUAAACUCACUUCGUAAAGGACGGUUUUGUGCUUCAUGGUUACUUAAAAACAUACAGAUAUAAUGUACACAUACAAUACAAUACACACUAAACACGAAGGCCAUUAACCAAUAUGGUUUCAUGAUAUAAAUAUAAUAUGCUGCUGGAAAUUCUACAAGCACAUGAUUUCGUAAUAAUGUUUUUGUACUAAUUUAUCAAGUUGAGGACCUGUAUGCUUUGCUUGAACCACUAUCUACUAAAGUAUUCUUACUUGACGAAAAUCAAUCAGCCUUUUUUUCACAUGGUGAUGCUGUUAACUUUCAGUAAAACGGGUCCCCAGUUUGCUUCUUUCUUUGAACGAUAUUUGCUUUAUUUUAUCUUCCCGAAUCAAAUUUGUCGCUGCCACAAGACUGGAAAUCGACAAAUUAUGGGGCAGUCACAAGCUGUAGCCAUUGCGUUCCUUGAAGCUUGAUUAUAAUAUUUUGUGAACUGCUUACUUUCAAUAGUCUUGUUGUUGGAUUUGUUGAGGAAUUAUGGUUCAGCCUCCAAAAAACCGAACCAGGAGUUUUGACUAGCUUUAAGACAACUAUUUUUUAGAUUAAGUCAACGUCUGAAUAUUUUUGGUAACUGCAUGAUUUUUUUUUACGAUCUUUGCUAAAGGCUGGGUAAUGGGGAGGGAGUUCUACUUACACCGGGCGUCUGUUUCAAAAGACUCCCUUGCCUUCAAUCAAAAGGUAUUCAGAGGUUUAGGGAUCGUCACAUUUCAAGUAAAACUUUAGAAGUGGUCAAUCCUGUACUAUACAAUGUUGAUGGAGAAGAAGCAAGCUUUUAAACACUGCCAUUUUUUUCAGGGAGGUACGAAAUGUACAUGAACCCUCCCUCCAUGAACACUCCUCUUAAAUAAUGGUUGUAGCUUUGGUUUAUUGGGGAACAAUAUAUUUUUGGCCACAAUGGUGCCCUAAACAGCAGUCUUUGCUUUCUGUUGCCUUUUCACAGUGACAAUAGAGUUAGCCAUGCAUAACUGCCAAUCCUUUCCCCUGUGGCUACUGUUUUGCACUGUACCAUCUCUGAAAAAGACAAUUGCUUGUUAGAAAACUGCGACAAUGUUGACUUAGUUUCAUUUAGGACACCGGGUUGGGAAAAUGAGCAAGAGCUCAGCUUGCACAGUCUAUUCAAUCGAAACCACGUGAAAGCACCAAUGCUAAUGUCUCGGCCAAGCAUUAGCAUUAGCAAAUCUUUUAACAAUAACCGUAAAAGUUAAUGGUCUGCACAGGUGAUUACAUUACAUACUAAUGUCCUUUACUACGGGUCUAACAGGGGGCGAAUCGACGUUUUAUCCAUUAAAACCAUGCGUCAUCUUGGAGGAACCUCUUGCGUACACUAGAUGCUAGCUUCGGGAGGACUUCCUUAGUGUUUUCAAUGUUACUGUAUAGGUGAUAGCAAUGUUACUUAAAAACAAAAGUAGAAAAAAAGCUAUUUGUCAUUCCAUAGGAGUCUUUAGGGACUGCUUUGUGUAUCACUGUGACUGCGGUGUAUGCUUAGCGUUGUAGUUUUCAGUAGGUAGCGGCCAUUUUGUACUAUAGUGAUGUCGUGCUACCAUUCCCCUAUUAUAUGUAGAGAGUGCGAAAGUGUGUGAGUGAGAGCACAUGUUGAGCAUCGUCAGUUUCUAACAACCGUUGACUGCAGGAAUGGCGGACGGAGCUAUUCCCGAGCGAGGCGAGAAGAUUCCAAGCGCAUGUCAGUUCACACAGCAUUUUGUAGAGCACUGUGCAAUACUUGUAAGUCCAUAUCCUAGUGUUGAAAUGGGUGGUAUCGCCCAAUGAGGUACAAACUAAAAAAUUAAAUGUAUUCCAUGACCAUAGUCCGGUUAGGUCAUAGCACACGUGCAUCUGUAAACCUGUUAAGGAUUCCUCCUUUUUUUCCCCGUUGAGUUUUUCUGCACACAGAACCUACCAAUACCCCAAAUAUGAGAUAAUCUCUCUCUAUAUAUAAAUAUAUACAGUGUGUGUGGGUGUAUAUAUAUAUAUAUAUAUAUAUAUAUAUAUAUAUAUAUAUAUAUAUAUAUAUAUAUACACACACACACACACACAGUACAAAUUUAACCCUUUCCCUCCUAAAUAGGUGUAUAUAUUUUCAUAUUUGUCCUGAUAUAAUUUCCUCAUUGUUGAGAUCCCCAUGGAUAUAAGAGAAUUGUAUCGAUCUUGUUAUAGAAACUUAUAUGUUGUACUACUAAUAUGAUUGGCUGUACCAUUUUGUUAUCGCUGUUAUGACUCCACUCAUGACUAUUUGGUUAUUGUUCCUUUAGUGCCCUAUUGAACACCAUUUUAUAUUUAUUAUGGAUUUCAUAAUGUACAGUAUGGACUGUGUGUUUCGUUUUUACUUUUUAUUGUGGGACCAAGUAUAGUUGGCACUUUCAUUUCAAUGUUGCAAUAAAUAUUUAUUCAUGUGUUCUCUUCAUAGCUGAAUAUGAUUUCUUACCCUGAAGGAGAGAUCUAACCGAGAGAAAAACUCCUUUUAAACGUAUAAUCGCAACUAUAAGUACAAAUUAUUACUCAACUAAGACAACCCCUACGUAAACUUAUGUACUCUCAUUUAUACCAGUAUCUACAAUAAUAGCCUAUAGCUUGUUUAUAAAACAAGGAUAAAAACACAGUUUUAGAGUCAUACAAAUAUCCUGAUUACAAUAUAAUAUAUUUCAUACGGCAAAAUUGCGUGAUUGUAAUUUCAGGUGUCUACACGAUAAAUCGAGUGUAGAACUGGACGUAUAGUAAAAGACAGCAUUGCUUUUUACUCUUCAGAGGUUUGUAAAGUAGUCUGAAAAGCCAUUUCUAGCCCUGCAAAGCAAUGCUAUCUUUUUCAAUAGUCUACCAAAGCACGCAAACAGCUCUGGCACCUGAUAACUACCAUUAAAAAUCCCAAUUGCUCAAUGUGUAACAAUACUCUGAUACUCUACAACGACAAAACGCCACACUUAACCUUUCAAGAAAAAGCUGUGUAAAGAAUUAGAAUCUGAUGCUGUAGGAAGAUCCUAGUUGCCUUUGUGUAUAUCAACUGCCUGCUUGAGUAUUUGUGUGUGUGGAAAUUUUCUCUGUAAUCUUGUAGAACUGUUCGGGGGGUGUUUCCUGCCAUACUGCUGGCCCCAGCGGCAAUCUGACAGUUAUAUUGCUGUGUAUACCUUCAUUAUGAUGAGGUGUUUAACGAUUUUGUUUCACUUUGUGUAGUGAUUCACUCUGUGGAGUUUCUGACUGUUGUUAUAUAACUUCAUAUACACAAAUGUUCAAUAAAAAUGUUUUAUUUCCUGUUGA